AAUCACAUCUGCCAACCUGGCAAUGCCCAUGGGCACGAUCUGGGAAUCUCUGCAGCGGCUGGGCACAGAUGGGGAGUGUCCCGGGGGCUGGGCACGGAGGAGGGCGGCAGAGAUGGGGAGUGUCCCAGGGGCUGGGCACAGAGGAGGGGUGCACUGGGGGAGUGUCCGAGGGGCUGGGCACAGAAAAGGGGGGCACUGGGGGAGUGUCCCAGGGGCUGGAUGCAGAAAAGGGAGGUACGAGAGGGGGCAGAGAUGGGGAGUGUCCCAGGGGCUGGGCACAGAGGAGGGGUGCACUGGGGGAGUGUCCAAGGGGCUGGGCACAGAGGAGGGGGGCACUACGGGAAUGUCCGAGGGGCUGGGCACAGAAGAGGGGGGUACGAGAGGGGGCAGAGAUGGGGAGUGCCCCACGGGCUGCGCACACAAGAGGGGUGCAAUGAUGGGGAGUGUCCCAGGGAAGUGGGCACAAAAGAGGGGGCAGGGGGGGCACAGAUGGGGUGCCCCGGAGGCUGGGCACGGAGGAGCAGAGGACAGACAAUCCCCAGAACGGGGACACACACCGGGCGGGCCCCCGGCAGGCAGCAGAGCAGGGACCAGACCGAGGGGCAGCGCGGCCGGGGCUCGGAGCCGGGGCUGCGCGCAGGGAACCAGGAGCAGCGGCAGCCACCGGAGCGGAACCGGCGCUGCAGCCCCCGGGCUGCGGGUUCGGAGCCGGGCUGGGAGGCGCGGAGGCCGGAGCGCACCGGGAGCCAGGCCGGGCUGGAAGGAAGGAGCGGGGCGGGGCUGCGCUGCCCGGCACCUCCCGAAGCUGCGCCGCCUGCUAGGCCGAGGGGCCGGGCGGGGAGGGAGCGGGGAGCCGCAGGGCCGGGCCCCGGGCAGCCAGGUCCCAGCAGCAAGACGCCCAGGAUGGGCGGGGGGAGGCUGCCUGGGAGCAAAGAGGCUUUUCCAGCUCUGAUUGCCCGGGCGGGCCUAAGGCUGCGGGGCGGCUGAUGGCCCCGAGGGGGAGAGUGGCCCAUGUGGACCCCCAGGCUGGGGCGCUGAGUGCCCGGGGCGGGGUGGCCUGGCCCAUGGGGCCCCCCAGGCUGGGGGCGCUGAGUGAGGGGUGGCCUGGCCCAUGGGGCCCCCCAGGCUGGGGGCGCUGAGUGCCUGGGGCGGGGUGGCCUGGCCCAUGGGGGGGACCCCCAGGCGGGGGGCGCUGAGUGCGGGGUGGCCUGGCCCAUGGGGCCCCCUACGCUGGGGGCGCUGAGUGCGGGGUGGCCUGGCCCAUGGGAACCCCCAGGCUGGGGGCGCUGAGUGCGGGGUGGCCUGGCCCAUGGGGGGGCCCCCAGGCUGGGGGCGCUGAGUGCCCGGGGCGGGGUGACCUGGCCCAUGGGGGGGACCCCCAGGCUGGGGGCGCUGAGUGCGGGGUGGCCUGGCCCAUGGGGCCCCCAGGCUGGGGGCGCUGAGUGCGGGGUGGCCUGGCCCAUGGGGCCCCCCAGGGUGGGGCGCUGAGUGCCCGGGGUGGGGUGGCCUGGCCCAUGGGCUGCGAUGAGUCCUCCGCGCCUGCAGGGGGCGCCAAGCGCAGCGCUGCCUGUGUCCGGGCACCGAGCGCGCCCGUCCUGGGCACCUCUGCGCCUCGCUAGCCCGGGCUCUCCGCGUGCUG